AUACAAAACGACUUCGUAUGAUGCGGUAAGCUUCCAAAGCCCUAGCCCCAAAAACCACAUAAACCCUAGAACAUGAAACGGGAGAGGAGCUUCACAGUUGCACCAAGUAACCAACUGAAAACAGAAAAGAUCCAAAAAAAAAAAAAAAUCAGACCAAGCCUUGUUUUUAAAAUUUUUUUUUGAGACAAUUAAAUUUUCAGAAAGAAAAAAGAAAAAGCAGAAUGAGGAAGAAGGUAGACGAACGCAUCAGAACUCUCAUCGAGAAUGGUGUCAAAACUCGCCACCGAUCUAUGUUCGUCAUCAUCGGCGACAAGUCACGUGACCAGAUUGUGAAUCUUCAUUACAUGCUGAGUAAGGCAGUGGUCAAAUCUAGGCCAACUGUUUUAUGGUGCUACAGGGACAAACUUGAACUCAGCAGUCACAAGAAAAAACGUGCCAAACAGAUCAAAAAGUUAAUGCAGAGAGGGCUGCUGGAUCCUGAGAAGGUUGAUCCUUUUUCGCUUUUUGUUGAAACCGGAGGAUUAACCUAUUGCUUGUACAAAGAUUCAGAAAGGAUUCUUGGAAAUACUUUUGGAAUGUGCAUAUUACAGGAUUUUGAGGCUCUGACGCCAAAUCUUCUAGCCAGAACAAUAGAGACGGUGCAGGGUGGCGGAUUAAUUGUCUUGCUUCUUCGUUCUCUUUCUUCACUGACCGGUCUUUACACUAUGUUUAUGGAUGUUCACGAGCGGUACCGUACAGAGUCCCACUCUGAAGCUGCUGGGCGCUUUAAUGAACGUUUUUUAUUAUCUCUUGCAUCAUGCAAAGCAUGUGUGGUCAUGGAUGAUGAGCUAAAUAUCUUACCAAUUUCAUCUCAUAUAAAAUCGAUAACCCCAGUUCCAGUUAAUGAGGACUCUGAAGGGCUGUCAGAAUCUGAACGAGACCUGAAGAAUUUAAAAGAAGAACUAAAUGAGGAUUUUCCUGUUGGUCCUUUGAUAAAGAAGUGUUGUACACUGGAUCAGGGAAAAGCUGUUAUUACUUUUCUUGAUGCAAUUUUGGACAAGAAUCUGCACAGUACAGUUGCUUUGCUUGCUGCUCGUGGCCGUGGGAAAUCAGCUGCACUUGGAUUAGCAAUCGCAGGUGCUAUUGCUGCUGGGUAUUCAAAUAUCUAUGUAACGGCACCUAGUCCUGAGAACUUAAAGACCUUGUUUGAGUUUGUGUGCAAGGGUUUCGAUGCUAUUGAAUAUAAGGAACACAUUGAUUAUGAUGUUGUCAAGAGUGUGAAUCCUGAGUUCAAGAAAGCAACUGUGCGUAUCAAUAUUUACAAGCAGCACAGACAAACAAUUCAGUAUAUAGAGCCACAUGAACAUGAAAAACUCUCCCAAGUCGAGCUUCUUGUUGUUGAUGAAGCAGCAGCUAUACCAUUGCCUGUUGUAAAGUCCUUGCUUGGUCCUUACUUGGUCUUCCUUUCAUCCACUGUAAAUGGCUAUGAAGGUACUGGUCGGUCUUUAUCCCUAAAACUUCUGCAGCAAUUGGAAGAGCAAAGCCAGCUGUCUAAGGGUGUUGAGGGCUCCCUCUCUGGUCGUGUUUUUAAAAAGAUAGAACUUAGUGAGUCAAUUAGAUAUUCUUCUGCUGAUCCUAUAGAAUCCUGGCUGAAUGCUCUGCUUUGCCUUGAUGUAACAAACUCUGUACCCAGUAUCAGCAGGUUGCCUCCACCCAGUGAAUGUGAUCUCUACUACGUUAAUCGGGAUACACUUUUUUCUUAUCAUAAAGAUAGCGAACUAUUUUUGCAGCGGAUGAUGGCCCUAUAUGUUUCUUCUCACUAUAAAAAUUCCCCGAAUGAUCUACAACUAAUGGCUGAUGCUCCAGCUCACCAUUUAUUUGUGUUAUUAGGCCCUGUUGAUGAGUCAAAAAACCAGCUUCCUGAUAUUUUGUGUGUUAUUCAGGUAUCUCUUGAAGGUCAAAUUUCUCAUAAAUCUGCAAUCAAAAGCUUAAGUGAUGGCUAUCAGCCUCAUGGAGAUCAAAUACCAUGGAAAUUCUGUGAGCAGUUUCGAGAUCCUGAAUUCCCAAGACUUUCAGGUGCUCGUAUUGUUCGCAUUGCCACCCAUCCUAGCGCUAUGAGGCUUGGAUAUGGUUCUGCUGCUGUGGAACUCUUAACAAGAUACUAUGAAGGACAAUUAACUUCAUUUUCUGAGCUAGAUGUUGAAGACGCUGAGGAGACUCCACAAGGAUCACAACUCAGACUUUCAGAAGCAGCAGAGAAGGUCUCCUUGUUGGAAGAAAAUAUUAAACCUAGGACCAAUCUUCCACCUUUGCUUGUACAUUUGCGUGAACGCCGACCUGAGAAGCUCCAUUACCUUGGUGUCUCCUUUGGGCUUACCUUAGACCUUUUUCGCUUCUGGAAGAAACACAAAUUUGCUCCUUUCUAUAUAUGCCAGAUUCCAAAUAAUGUGACUGGUGAGCAUACAUGUAUGGUCCUUAAACCAUUGAACAGUAAUGAUUUUGAGGUUGAUGGAUCUGAUGAAUGGGGUUUCUUCAGUCCAUUUUACCAAGAAUUCAGGCUAAAGUUCAGUAGAAAUCUAAGCCAUCAUUUCCGUAACAUGGAAUAUAAGCUUGCCAUGAGUGUCCUGGACCCUAAGAUCAACUUUACAGAUAUAGAACCUAUGCCUUCCAAAUCAGAUGGAUUUUCGAAGUUAUUUAGUACUCAAUUAUCACCAUAUGAUAUGGGGCGGUUGAAAGAUUAUACAAAUAAUCUGAUUGACUACCUCUCAAUAUGUGACCUUGUGUCAAUCCUCGCACACCUAUAUUUCCAAGAGAAGAUCCCGGUUACUCUAUCGUAUGUUCAGGCCUCUAUUUUAUUCUGCAUGGGCUUGCAGAAUCAGGAUGUCUCUUAUGUUGAGGAACAAAUGAAAAAACUAGAGAGGCAGCAGAUAUUAUCACAAUAUAAGAAGGUUAUGAUAAAGCUCUACAAAUAUUUGUACGGAGUUGCAUCCAAGGAGAUUGAUUCUGCUUUACCUCGAUUAAAAGAAAGAGUGCUGGAACCUCAUAGUAUCUCUGUGGACGAGGACCUCAACGAUGCUGCAAAGAAAGCUGAGGAGGAAAUGAAAACCAAGACAGAUGGUCUGUUAGAUCCCGAGUUCCUCCAACAAUAUGCCAUUGAAGGCAGAGAAGCUGAUCUGGAGAAUGCUUUGGAAAAUGGUGGUGAAAAGGUGCUUUCAGGUGGUCUCAUCAGUGUGAAAUCCAGCAGAAGUGGAGUGGAGAAGCAUGGGAAGCAGAAUGAAUCAAGUAAAAGUGGGAAAAAGAGAGGUAAAGGUGACCAUGGUUCCAAAUCAAGUAAGAAGAGAAAAUCAUAGUUACCAGGACAAACAAUUAUGUGUAAAGUCAGUUGUCAUAAUGGGUUGUCUAAAGGUGGCCAGAGGCGAAUGUCUUCUUCAACGGCGGAGUUAGAUAUUGCUGGUGUUUCACUGCAUCGAAAAUUACUUAUUGCUGGGCCUGGCCAGCACCAGCAUAUCAAAUAUCUGCACAAUUUUUGGUAGAAUAGGCAUCGAGAUUUCAGUUAUUGUAAUCUUAAAUUCUUGAUCAUGUUUGCAAUUGUUCCUUU